AUGCCGGCCAGAGCCCCCACCGAAGAAGAGAUUGCUUGGAUGAUGGAACACAAGGAGGACACUCUUGUUCCGAACAUUCUCGCCUGCAACAUCAUCUGUGGUGUCGCCUCCAUAAUUGUCCUUGUACUGCGGUUCUGGUCUCGCAGAGUCAGCUACGGCCGUAUAAGAGUCGAGACAAGUGACUUCUUAUUUAUAAUUGCAUGGUUCUGGUACAUCGGCUACCUUGUCUGUUUCUCCGUGACCACGCGUUAUGGAGAGGGGCUGCAUAUCAUCUUUGUGACAGACGGGCGACUGCUUCAGAUAUGGAGUAUCGCCACGGAAGUAUGCUACUACUUGUCUAUGGGGUUCCUCAAGUUCAGUAUCCUCAAAUUAUAUGGCUCGAUUUUCAUCUCACGCCGCUUCCAUUACUGUCUUUGGGCUGUCCAUGCCUUUGUUGCCGGCUUGACGAUCUCGGCUGCCGGUGUUUCUAUCGGACAGUGCACGCCGAUUGCAUACGGGUGGGACCAGACAAUUCCAGGUGGUUCAUGUGUCAACUACGGACUGCUCGUACUUAUUGCCGGAGUGCUGAACGUCGUGACCGAUCUGGUCAUCCUGAUCUUGCCUAUUCCCUCGGUAUUGCGACUUCAGAUCUCGAAGCAGAAGAAGCACCUCAUCAUCUUCACUUUUGCGAUGGGUAGCAGUGCCUGUAUCGUCAGCAUUAUUAGAUUGGCGUUCAGUCUCAUGGUAGGCUCCACGCCCGACGUCAGUUGGACCAAUGUGCCGUCAGCCUUUGUGACUGCUGCUGAGCUCCUAGUUGGGAUUCUGGCCACUUCGAUUCCGACGUACCGACCUUUGUAUCGGAGGUUCAUUCAACGCUUCACAUCGCAGAAGUCAUCAAACCAGAACUACCAGCCGGGAAGCCACGAGAAUGCCGGGUCGCAUUCAGUCAAGGUCUCGGCCGGGGCGACCACCCCCGUCGACAGCGACGGCAUUCACUUUACCAGUCAGAUCGAGCUUACCAGGCAUACGCAUAGGAAUGGUGUCUGGGUGCGAGUAGACGACGAAGAUGCCACGGGCCCACAUAACGUUUCAGGAAGACCAGAGGGUGGUUAA